CCAUUCUUUGCCCCAUAUCUUUACAUGCCAAGGUAUUACCCUGGCAGUUCUCAUCUCAUCUCACGUCCACCACUAAAAACGAAUUUGUCCAGAGAUCAGAACAAUGGCCUAGAUGUUAUCAAGGAGGAUGCUGAUGAGGGGCUUUCUUCACCCACAGACCCCUCAAUGGGAGCAGGAGCAGGCACAGGAUCGACCACAGGUGUAUCACACGUGCCUCUGAGCACAAUGAGUGUGGAUGCUGUGUGCGAGAAACUAAAGCAAAUAGAAGGUCUGGACCAGAGUAUGUUACCUCAGUACUCUGCAACUAUAAGAAAGGCGAAUAUAAAUGGCCGUGUCUUGGCUCAGUGCAACACUGAUGAACUGAAAAAGGAAAUGAAUAUGAAUUUUGGUGACUGGCAUUUGUUCAGGAGCAUGGUACUUGAAAUGAGAAAUUCAGAAAACCAGGCUGCUCAGGAAGAUCCUCGUGGAGCAACUGAGCAUGUUACCGCUGCGAUUUCUCAUAGUGAACUUACUCGUCGUCCGGGGCAUAACGCGGAGUUGCCUCACACUGAGCUUACGGGUCUUUCUGGUCAAGCUCCCUACACACUUAACUUUAGCUUUGAAGAACUGAACACAAUUGGCCUUGAUGAAGCUCCUCCACGUCAUAGUAACUUAAGUUGGCAGUCACAGACUCGGAGAACUCCAAGUCUUUCAAGUCUUAACUCUCAAGAUUCCAGUAUUGAAAUAUCCAAGCUAACUGAUAAGGUGCAGGCAGAAUAUAGAGAUGCAUAUAGAGAAUAUAUUGCUCAAAUGUCACAGUUAGAAGGGGGUGCCAGUUCUACUACGGUAAGUGGAAGGUCCUCCCCCCAUAGCUCAUCUGCUUUCUAUAUGGGGCAGAGCACAUCAGGGGGUUCCCUGCAUUCAAGUGCAGACCAAGAAAAAGGAAAAGAUGGUGAACAGAAACAAGAUGAUGGAAGGAAGUCCUUCUUGUUGAAGAGGAAUGAUGUUGUUGAUUACAGUACAUCAGGUGUUUCUACUAAUGAUGCAUCUCCUUUGGAUCCUAUUACUGAAGAAGAUGAAAAAUCUGAUCAGUCUGGUUCCAAGCUUCUCCCAGGAAAGAAGUCUUCAGAAAGAACAAGCAUUUUCCAGGCUGCAGAUAUAAAGCUUAAGGGAGUUACUCUCAGAUAUCAAAAACUUCCAAGUGAUGAAGAUGAGUCAGGAACUGAAGAAUCAGAUAAUACUCCACUUCUUAAGGAAGGUAAAGACAAGAAAACAGAUGGAAAGAUAGAUAAACAGCCCAAAUCCCCAGAACAUGGAUCUGAACCGAUUAGAACAUUCAUCAAAGCAAAGGAAUAUUUGACAGAUGCCCUUUUGGAUAAGAAAGAUUCUUCUGACUCUGGUGUAAGAUCCAAUGAAAGUUCUCCCAAUCAUUCCCUCCAUAAUGAAGGAGCAGAUGAGUCACAGCUUGAAAAGGCAAAUCUCAUUGAGCUUGAAGAUGACAGCCACAGUGGAAAGAGAGGAAUUCCGCACAGCCUUAGUGGCCUUCAGGAUCCAGCUGUGGUUCGCAUGUCUAUUUGCUCGGAAGAUAAGAAGAGCCCAUCUGAAAGCAGCUUGAUAGCGAGCAGCCCGGAAGAGAACUGGCCUGCUUGCCAGAAAGUCUAUAAUUUAAAUAGAACCCCUAGUACAGUAACGCUAAAUAAUAACAGUGCUCCAACCAAUAGAGCUAAUCAAAAUUUUGAAGAAAUAGAAGGUAUCAGAGAUUCACCUCAAAUUAUCCUGCGCCCUGGUUCAAGUUCCAGUUCAACUGCAGUUCAGAACGAGAACCUGAAGAGUGCCGCUCACAAGCGGAGCCAGCGAUCAAGUUAUACUAGGCUUUCCAAAGAUUCUUCAGAGCUCCACACUGUUGCUGCCUCAGAUGGGGCUGGUUUUGGAGAAGAAAGAGAGAGUAUCCUGUGAAAAGAGGCCAGAUUAAAAUAGAGUAUGUCCAUGAUUUGUAGCUUUCUAGGAAUACUUUGUCAGUGUGUGGUUAUGUUAGCUAUGUAGUUUAAAUUUUCAAUUCAGUGAUUAACGGGUCUAGAUUAUUUUCAGUCUUUUUCUUGGAAAGAAGAAAUAAUCUUUGCAAGAAGCAAUGUACUUCAGACUUUCCUUCCCUGUAUUCGUCUUACUAGUAAAUAUUUUAUUUCGUCCCCAAAUAAAGCAGUACUUGUCAUUGCAUGAAAAUUCAGUUCUUUGUUAAAGUGCUUUCCAAAGGUUUGAUCAGGGGCAGAUGUUACAGAAGCAUGGUUUCAUUCUUAAAAUAAUUCUAUGAUUUUACAUUUUUGUUGGGAGAUAUAAUACUUAUUCCUUCUAAAUAUUCCAGUUAAGUCUGCUUACUUACCAGUAAAUACCGUGCAUUUUUGCCGUUUGAUGUAGGAGAUGCCAGAAGGUUAAGUAUCACAACCUGUGACACCCUUAUCAAACUUUGCAUUAACUAGUCAAUUAAUGCGUGCAGCAUAAUAUUACAUAUGUUGACAUUUAAAUGUUAAGAUACCUGUUUGGUGGUACGUACAUUCUUAUUCUGUGUGAGUUCGGUAAUUGCAGUUGACUUUGUGAACUUUGGGUAGAAUGUUGAUAGGUUUAUAGGGAAGAUUGUCUUGAUGUAUCAUUAGAAUUGGCAGUUAUUUAUAAGGUAAUGCCUUAUCGCUGAUUUAGUGAAUGCAUUAUUUAUUAUAGUUACAUAAUUUCACAAUCAGUGCUCUAAAUAGAUGCAACCACCUGAGCUACAUUUAAAUGUUGCAAGGGUAAUGUGAAUGUGAUGUCUGAACUUACGGAGCAUCUGUUGCUGUGUGUGGUCUUUCCCCGGUACAGUGUUUAUUGUUUGGUUAUGGAAAGAAAAAUGUAAUAGUUUACUAUUUUAAAAAUAAUAAGUACUUGCUGGAAUCAGAGCCGUAUGCCUACUUCUUUAUUUCAGAAGUACAGUGUUUCAGCAUUUUGAUUUGUCAUCUAAGUAAUGCAUCUGAAUGUUAUUGUAGCACACGUUUUGUGCUGUCCAGUGAAACGUGCAUGAUUUUGAAGAAAAAAAGUGUUCAAACUAGACUGUGGUAGUACAAAGAGAAUAAAAAAUAAUUGGCAUGUUG